UGAACAGAGACAAGAUGAUAGUGAAAAUACAGUGUUUGGCCAUUUUCCUAUUGUUGGUGUCUCUGUUUCUUUCUUCGGUUGUGCAUUGCAUUCGUUCUCAUCCUUCAUCGCAAAUGGCUCUCGAGAUUGCUGUCAAGGCUGCUGUUGGUGCUCCUCAUGCUCUCGGAGACUGUCCAUUUUCCCAAAGGGUCCUCUUAACUCUGGAGGAGAAGAAAAUCCCACACAAAAUUCACCUCAUCGAUCUCAGCAACAAACCACAAUGGUUUUUGGAUGUGAACCCUGAAGGGAAGGUUCCUGUGGUUAAGUUUGGUGACAAAUGGGUGGCUGAUUCUGAUGUUAUUGUGGGAAUUCUUGAGGAAAAAUAUCCUGAACCAUCUCUGGUUACUCCUCCUGAAUUUGCCUCAGUGGGAUCAAAGAUAUUUGGGUCUUUUGUGAGCUUUCUGAAGAGCAAGGAUGCAAAUGAUGGAACUGAGCAAGCAUUGGUUGCUGAGUUGAGUGCUUUGGAUGAACAUCUUAAGGCCCAUGGUCCAUAUGUUGCUGGGGAGAGGGUCACUGCUGUUGAUUUGAGUUUGGCACCAAAACUGUACCAUCUAGUGGUAGCACUUGACCACUUCAAGAAAUGGAGCAUUCCUGAAAGUUUGGCACAUGUCCACAACUAUGUCAAGUUGCUCUUCGCCCGGGAAUCAUUUGAGAAAACUAAGGCAGCAAAGGAAUAUGUCAUUGCAGGAUGGGCUCCAAAGGUCAAUGCAUGAAGUAGCUCUAAAUUAUGAGGUUAAUGAUCAGAUAUGUCAUGUAGAGUGAUUGAACCCUGUUAUGAGUAGGAUUGGUUUACUUACCAUGUUGAACAGUUGGAGUGUGUUGUUCACCUAUAUUAUAUAAUAAUUGUAUCCUUUGUUCUUGA